UCAUGACUCACGAGUGCUGAGAGAAAACUAACCAGUUAACUGUAGUCCACAGACGUAGUUUCAGACGCCUUAACAGAGCCGCACGCUGUUUAGAUUAUCAGACUUAAAAGAGUUGUGGGCGUUAGUUUUCCCCACCAUAAACGCUAUCUCCGGGGGGGAAAAAACUAAGUUAAUUUGUCCGUUUUUGUGACGCGCUCCUCCGCUUGCGUUGCGCCCAGUCAGGUAUAUAACCGGUGAGAACUAUAAACUGUAACCAAGCAUGAAUCAUACAGAUAGGGAGAAUUUGACAACAGCCUUUACUAACACAUAUAAAAACAACACAGUGUCGAUGACACCAGAUGUGAGGCCCGUUACAUCACUUCCCACACAAGCAGAAUCCACUGUCAUUCAGGUGGUAACAACAGUUGCCCCCACAAGUUCAGACUCUGCAGUUAUUGCAGUAGUCGUCGUUCUCAUUUUGCUGACGCUAGUGGUUUUGGGCUUCAUGGUCUGCCGGUAUCUCUACCACAACAGAGGGGACUACAGGACAACAGGGGAGCUGGCUCCAGGAGAGGACCCUGAAGAGGAGGACAGUAACAAGUCUGCACCCCAAAAGAAAGAGUACUUUAUAUGAACCUGGUGGAAGACUUACAGCAAGUUAGUUGAGCUAAAGAGAGAAAAUCUGUGGAAGUGUGAUAAGAAAGAAAAAUGUUCCUUCCGUGUGAGUGUGUUUGAGGGAAGCCUGCUACUGGCUCCACAAUGGGCAGAGGAGGGGGAGGAAAAAAAAAAAAAAAAACCUUGAAGAUUUUUUUUUUUGUUGUUGUUGAAAA